GUGGGGUUUAGAGGAAGCGGAAGUGUCAGCGCAGGCGGAAGUGGUACUGCCCUGAAUAUCCCGAGCAACGAACGGAGGACAGCUUCAUACUGCCAUCGUUCAGAAAAAAAAAGCAGGAUUCAAUAUACAUUCUAAAUCCUCGACAUGGACAAGAACGACCUGGUACAAAAGGCUAAGCUGGCCGAGCAGGCAGAGCGUUAUGACGACAUGGCGGCGGCAAUGAAGGCAGUGACGGAGCAGGGCGGCGAGCUCUCCAACGAGGAGCGCAACCUGCUGUCAGUGGCCUACAAGAACGUGGUGGGGGCACGUCGCUCCUCCUGGCGCGUCAUCUCCAGCAUCGAGCAGAAGACCGAGGGCAAUGAGAAGAAGCAGCAGAUGGCUCGCGAGUACCGUGAAAAGAUUGAGGCGGAGCUGCAAGACAUCUGCAAGGACGUUCUGGCACUCCUUGACAAUUACCUCAUCGCCAAUGCAACUCAGGCAGAAAGCAAGGUGUUCUAUCUUAAAAUGAAAGGCGAUUACUACAGAUAUUUGUCUGAGGUGGCAUCCGGAGACUCAAAGAAGACUACAGUGGAGAACUCCCAGCAGGCCUACCAGGAGGCCUUUGACAUCAGCAAGAAGGACAUGCAGCCAACACACCCCAUAAGGCUGGGCCUCGCCCUCAACUUUUCCGUCUUCUACUACGAGAUUCUCAACUCCCCCGAGCAGGCUUGCAGUUUGGCAAAGGCGGCUUUUGACGAAGCAAUCGCUGAGCUUGACACCUUGAACGAAGACUCUUACAAAGACAGCACCCUGAUCAUGCAGCUACUAAGGGACAACCUCACUCUGUGGACAUCAGAAAACCAGGGUGAUGAAGGAGAUGCUGGUGAAGGGGAGAACUAAAGGCGUUGCACUUCACUGUUAAUUCACCCACACUCUUCUCUCCAUCUCUCUUCUCUUACACAUACAGCCCAUACAUCCCGCUCCAUCCAGCCCCCUCAUCCCCUUUCUGUAUGACGAGCAGCAUGAAUUGUACCUGACCUACCAGUUGUGCCGUUUCUCAGAUAUACUCCGAGGCAACAGGGUAAAGCUCAGUUGUUAACAAGCCACGUCUUGCUUUGUGAGGAUAAGAAAAAAUAUAUAUUUUACCCGGUUGAGUGGCCAGGCCAUUCCCUCCUUCCACUUCUCCUUCUCUUGAUUCCCUCCUAACAUUUCAAAAAAUAUGUUCUUUCACCUAGCAAGUUAAUGCAUUUAUAGUAUCCUUUUUUUCUUUCCUAGUGUACUAGCUAUUGCUGGUUUUAUUCAAAAAGCUUAUUAAACUGUCCUUUUAUUUUCAACAAACACUGUGAUGCUUAGUUUUUCUCCAUAUAAUCACAAAUCUUGGUGGCAAAAAAUAAGGACUGUAUGGUUUGAGUAGCAGUGCAAUUCUGUUGUGGACUCAUACAGAACGGUAUAACAGGCUGUAUUGUGACACUGACUAACAUGCAUAUUGCUGUGUAUUAAUCGCUUUAUUUUGCAUAUGGAACUAAAAUGAAUUAAAGGGACCUUAGGUUUUGCCAUUCCAUAUCUGUCCAGUUAAAUAAAAACAUUCCAUCUGAACCUAACAUUAAGACGAUAUACCUUUUUUGAACAAACUGGAUUAUUCACCUCAUGUGCUGUCCUAGAACAGUUUAACAAAGGUGCUUUGACAUCAGCAUAAUGAUCCUUGUUUGUUCUUAAAUGUUACUUUUUCCCUUUUUGCUUUGCGUAAUGACUCAUUCUGCGGUUCAAAACUGUAAAUUGUAAACAUUUUUUAGAGGUAAAUAUAAAUCUGUCUCAAAUGUUUUGUUAACCUGCUUGCAAAAAAACACCUUAGAACUGUUCCAUUGAACCUUUACAUCUUACCUUAUGUUGACAGUCCAAACCGACCAGUCCAAAAUGUUUUCCUUCAUGAAAUGAUCUUAGGAGAAUGCAUGCUUUUGCCCACAAAGAUGUUAUAAGCAAGUCCCCUAAAAUAAGUUGUGAAAAGAGGUUGUCUAUCCAAGUCAGAAAUGGCAUUGAUGCCUUUGUUUUUUCAGACUUGAGGGUCAGAGGAGACCAUCUUGCAGUGGAAAGUGGUCAGUGGGUGGGUUAGAUACUUGGGUAGUGCAAGGACCUUGUAGGGGUAGCUGAAUUUUCUCAGUGUCACAAUACCUUGUCAUCACCAAUCAUAACAUUCCACUUAGGUGUAGAAUUCAUCUGUCUCAGUUUGUCUUGCUGAAGACAAUGUUUCAUGCACUGAAGGAAAACGUCCCCCUUAGCUGAACAAAUGGCAGUUAAUCUACGCUUGAUUAAAAAAUGCAGUAGUGAAUGUGGAACCGAGCCUGUCUGUAUAUCUGGUAUCUCCAAUUGCUUUGUUUUUACUGACCAGUAUUCUGCCUAAAGUUUGCUUCUGUGACGGUUUUAUUGCUUAGUGCGCACGUGGUUGUGAAAAUUUAGAGUAGCUUAAAUAAAUACAAAAUACCCACAAAAAAAACCUGGUUAUUGACGUAAUACUAGAUUUGUGUGUCUUUUAAACAGUUCUAGUUUCACCUUACAUGUUAUAAUCAGGAAAGUGUAAAAGACAAUUUAAAGUGAAAUAAAAGUUUUAUCAGUUC